CAGGAGAGGAGGAGGAGGAGGAGGAGGAGGAGGGGUUGAAAGAGAGAGAAAUAAUCCAGUGGCGAGUGUCUGAGGGGAGCGUCUGUGCCGAAGGGGAGGGAGGUGGACACCCAGCAUGCAGGCAGCAUGGAACGGGUGAGGGAGCAGCGGCCUUUCUGCUCGCUGUCCAAGAGCCAGAGAGACAGGGAGCGGGACUGCGCCAGAGACCAGGACCGGGAGCGCCGCUACACCGCCUCCUCUUCCGACCGGGAGGAGGGAGCCUGCCGCGUGCCCACUCAGAAAUCCUACAGCUCCAGCGAGACGCUCCAGGCCUUUGACCAUGACCCCACGCGGAUGCUGUUCGGAGGCAGAGUCAAGGAGAUGGUCCACAAGGAAAGCGUGGAGUACAGCAGGCCAGGGCAGACAUUCUCGCUGAGGCAACUCGGGAUCUGUGAGCCUCCAGCUCGCAGAGGCCUGGCGCUCUGCCCCGAGACGGGCCUCUCCCACCCGCUCAGCAGCUACUCCCGGGGACCCGUCGCCACAGAAAACCAUGAGCCUGUAUCACCGGAACGUACCAUGACUCUUUGGGGAACGGGGGCCAAGUCUGGGCAGAACUCGUGCCUCUCCAGCCGCUCUAACUCGGCGCUGACGCUCACUGACACGGAAAUGGACAAUAAAUCGGACAAUGAGAUGGGGGAUCAUCUAUCCAGUCCGCAAGGCCCUCCACCUCUGCCACCAGCCCCACCCCCACACAAGCAGCACCCGUCCAUCACGUCCCUGAGCCGCGGCUCACUGGCCAAUCACAGGAGCCCGAGCCCUCCGCCCACAGGCGGCCUGGCGGCCGACUUGCAGAGCACGGCAGAAUGCGUCCAGCUGCAGGACAGCUGGGUCCUGGGCAGCAAUGUGGCCCUGGAGAGCAGGCACUUUCUUUUUAAGACGGGACCGGGAACGACCCCUUUCUUCGGCGCGGCCGCCCCCGGCUACACCAUGGCCACGGGGGCCGUCUACUCCACGCCGGCACGCCCGCUGCCCAGGAACAGCCUGUCCAGAGGGGCCUUCAAGUUCAAGAAGUCGCCCAAGCACUGCUCGUGGAAGUGCACCGCCAUGAUCGCUGUGGGCAUAGCUGUGGCGCUGUCGAUCAUCCUCUGCUACUGCAUAGCGAUGCACCUUUUCGGCCUCAAUUGGCAGUUGCAAGAGUUGGACAACCAGCCGGCUUUUGAAAAUGGAGGAGCUGGGAAGACAGGGCCCACUCAGUCGAGCGUAGUGACAGCUCUGGCUGCUGACGGAAGGACUACCGUGCUGCUCCAGGAGAACAACUCCAUCGAUACGGGACAGGUGGACAUCGGGAAGCGGGCGGGGCAGAGCGUCCCCCCGGGGGUGUUCUGGCGUUCCCAAGUCAGCAUGGACCAGCCGCGCUUCCUCAAGUUCAACAUCUCGGUGCAGAAGAACGCUCUGAUCGGAGUCUACGGGCGAAAGGGCCUCGCUCCCACUCACACGCAGUACGACUUUGUGGAGCUGCUGGACGGCAGCCGGCUCAUCGCCAAGGAGCACCGGAGUCUGAGCGAGCUGGACACGAGGGCGCGGCUGGAUCACCCGGUCACCGUCCACCAGGCCGGAUUCAUCCAGUACCUGGACUCGGGGGUGUGGCACCUGGCGUUUUACAACGAUGGACGCAGCGUGGAGGCGGUGUCCUACAACACCAUCAUCCAGGAGUCGGUCAUGGAGUGCACGCACAACUGCUACGGGAACGGAGAGUGCGUGGCGGGAUCCUGUCACUGCUUCCCAGGAUUCAUCGGGCCCUACUGCUCCAGAGCCUCCUGUCCCGUCCUGUGCAGCGGCAACGGCCAGUACACCAGGGGGCGCUGCCAGUGCUACAGCGGCUGGAAGGGCACCGAGUGUGACGUUCCCUCCGCCCAGUGCAUCGAUCCGCAGUGCGGGGGGCACGGCCUGUGCGUGGCAGGCAGCUGUGUGUGCAACAAGGGCCACAAGGGUUCCAACUGUGAACAAGUGGACUGUGUGGACCCGGCGUGCUCCGGUCACGGCGCCUGUCAUCACGGUGAGUGCCACUGUAACCCGGGCUGGGGCGGCAUCAGCUGCGAGAUCCUGAAGAGCACUUGUCCCGAGCAGUGCUCCAGUCACGGCACCUUCAACACGGACUCGGGGACCUGCGUCUGCGAGGCCAACUGGACGGGCGCCGACUGCUCCAUAGAGGUGUGUGUGGUGGACUGUGGUCCCCACGGCUCAUGCAUCAGCGGGAUGUGUCACUGCGAGGAAGGCUGGACAGGACCAGAAUGUGAGCAGAGGGACUGUCACCCACGCUGCAUCGACCACGGAGUCUGCCGAGAGGGCAAGUGUGACUGCCACCAGGGCUGGACGGGUGAACACUGCACCAUCGCCCUGGAUUCCAGAGUAUCAGCAGUCAAGAUAGGAUAUAAAGACGGCUGCCCCGGGCUGUGCAACAACAACGGAAGGUGCGUCCUGGAUCAGAAUGUCUGGCACUGCAUCUGUCAGUCAGGAUGGCGAGGGCUGGGAUGCGAUGUAGCGACCGAAACGCUCUGCUCAGAUGGCAAGGAUAACGAGGGAGACGGCCUCGUGGACUGCAUGGACCCGGACUGCUGCGCUCAGAUCUCCUGCCAGGGUCAGACCUACUGUCGCGGCUCGCCUGACCCCACCUCCAUCGCGGGCCAGGGCCAGAGCUCAGCCGGCCAGCCCACGUCCAAGGGCUUCUACGACCGCGUCAGCUUUCUGAUUGGUCCCAGCGGCAGUCACGUGAUACCCUGGGAUAACCCGUUCAACGGCAGCCUGGCGUCGGUCAUCCGGGGUCAGGUCCUCACCGGAGACGGGACGCCGCUGAUUGGAGUCAACGUGUCUUUCCUGCACUACCCGGAGUUCGGCUACACCGUCACCCGGCAAGAUGGCAUGUUCGACCUCUUGGCCAACGGCGGCGCUUCCUUGACGCUGAGUUACGAGCGCGCCCCGUUCCCCACGCUGCACCGCACCGUGUGGCUGCCCUGGAACGUGUUCCACGUGAUGGACACGGUGGUGAUGAAGCGGGAGGAGAACGACAUCCCAAGCUGCUACCUGACCGGCUUGUUCAGACCCCACCCGCUCAUCGUGGCCACGCCCCUCUCCACCUUGUACAAGACGUCCCCAGAGGACAGUCCCAUCAUCCCCGAGACGCAGGUCCUCCACGAGCAAGUGGCCAUACCAGGCAGUGACCUCAACCUGGUCUACCUGAGCUCCAGGGCAGCUGGCUACAAGCCCAUCCUCAAGGUGCUCCUGACCCCGGAGCGUCUCCCCUUUGGCCUGAUGAAGGUCCACCUGAUGGUGGCCGUCAUGGGCCGUCAGUUCCAGAAGUCCUUCCCUGCGUUCCCCGACCUCUCCUACACCUUCAUCUGGGACAAAACAGACGCCUACAACCAGAAGGUCUUUGGCCUGGCGGAGGCUGUGGUGUCGGUGGGAUACGAGUACGAGUCCUGCCUUGAUGUGGUGCUCUGGGAGAAGAGGACGGCCAUGCUGCAAGGCUUUGAGCUGGACGCUGCCAACAUGGGGGGCUGGAUGUUGGACAAACACCACGUACUGGACAUUCAGAACGGUAUUCUGUACAAAGGCAGCGGGGAGAACCAGUUCAUCUCCCUGCAGCCGCCUGUGAUCUCCACCGUCAUGGGGAACGGGCGGCGCCGCAGCAUCUCGUGCCCCAGCUGUAACGGACAGGCCCAGGGCAACAAGCUGCUGGCGCCGGUGGCUCUGGCGUGGGGCAUCGACGGGAGCCUGUACGUCGGCGACUUCAACUACAUCCGCCGAAUCUACCCGUCGGGCAACGUCACGAGUAUCAUGGAGCUCCGAAAUAAAGACUUUAGACACAGCAACAACCCAGCGCACCGGUAUUACCUGGCAACUCACCCAGUAACCGGCCAGCUGUACGUGUCGGACACAAACUCCCGGAGGAUCUACCGACCGAAGACCUUGACGGGGACCAAGGAUCUGCAGGCGAACGCAGAGGUGGUGGCCGGAACCGGGGAGCACUGCCUGCCCUUCGACGAGAACCACUGCGGCGACGGAGGCAAAGCUCCAGAGGCGUCGCUCACUGGACCCAAAGGCAUCGCCGUGGACAAGAAUGGUCUGAUUUACUUUGUGGACGGCACCACGAUCCGGAAGGUGGACCAGAACGGCAUCCUCUCCACGUUCCUCGGCUCCAACGACCUGACGUCGGCCCGCCCCCUGACCUGUGACAACAGCAUGGACAUCAAUCAGGUGAUUCUGGAGUGGCCCACCGACCUGGCCGUCAGCCCCAUGGACAACUCCCUGUACGUCCUGGACAACAACAUAGUGCUGCGCAUCACAGAGAACGGUCAAGUGAGCAUCGCAGCCGGGCGACCCGUCCACUGCCCGCUGGCCGGCCUGGACCGCGGAGUGGCCGGCGGUCAGAGGGCUCAGUUAACCCCUCUAGAAUCAGCGGUUUCCAUCGCCAUAUCUUUCCACGGCGCCAUCUACAUAGCCGAGACAGAUGAGAGAAAGAUGAGCAGGAUCCGGAAGGUUUCUGUGGAUGGCGAGAUAACGCACUUGGCCGGAGUUCUCUCCGACUGCGACUGCAAGAACGAUGCCAACUGCGACUGCUACCAGACAGGGGACGGCUAUGCCAAAGAUGCCAGGCUCAAUGCCCCGUCCUCUUUAGUGGCGGCUCCAGAUGGAACGCUUUACGUGGCAGAUCUGGGCAACAUCCGCAUCCGGGCCGUGAGCCGAAACGGGCCAACUUUGACUUCCAGCGCCGGAACAUACGAGGUGGCCUCCCCCGACGCCCAGGAGCUGUACGCGUUCGACAGCAACGGCACCCACCAGCACACGGCCAGCCUGCUCACCGGGGACUUGAAGUUCACGUUCAGCUACAGCACGGAGAACGACAUCACGGCUGUGACCGACAGCAGCGGAAACACCCUGAGGAUCCGCAGGGAUCCCAACCGCAUGCCGGUGCGUAUCGUGGCCCCGGACAACCAGGUGAUCUGGCUCUCCAUGGGCACCAACAGCCGGCUGAAGACUCUCACCACGCAGGGACAGGAGCUGGUUCUUCUCACCUACCAUGGUAACAACGGCCUGCUGGCUACGAAGACUUCGGAGAUUGGCUGGACGACGUUCUAUGACUACGACAGUGAGGGACGGCUCAUGAACGUGACGUUCCCCACCGGCAUGGUGAACAACCUGUACACGGACAUAUACAGCGCGUUGACGGUGGACAUCGAGAGCUCCAUGUCGGACGAGGAGAUCAGCAUCACCACCAACACCUCCACCCUCCGUGCCUUCUACACUCUGGCUCAGGAUCAGUGUAGGAGCAGCUACCAGGUCGGCUUCGACAACUCGUUGAGGAUCACCUAUGCCAACGGGAUGGACACCCACUACCAGACUGAGCCCCACAUCCUGGCGGGUGCCGCCAACCCGACUGUGGCCAGACGCAACAUGAGCCUGCCAGGGGAGAGUGGGCAGAACUUGGUUGAGUGGCGCUUCCGCAAAGAGCAAGCCAGAGGGAAAGUUAUCGUGUUUGGACGCAAGCUCCGGGUGAAUGGACGAAACAUUCUCUCAGUCGACUAUGAUCGCACCCUGAGGACCGAGAAGAUUUACGACGACCACAGGAAGUUCCUCUUAAAGAUUAUAUACGACACAGCGGGACACCCGGUGCUCUGGGUGCCCAGCAGCAAGCUCCUGCCGGUGAACGUGAGCCGAACGAGCAGCGGCCAAAUCAGUGCCCUGCAGAGAGGUCCCACCACUGAGAAGCUGGAGUACGACAGCCAGGGCCGACUGGUUUCCAGGGUGUUUGCUGAUGGGAAGAUAUGGAGUUACACCUACCUAGAGCAGUCCAUGGUGCUCCUGCUCCACAGUCAGCGACAGUACAUAUUUGAUUUCGACUCUCUCGACCGGCUUUCUGCUGUCACCAUGCCGAGUGUGGCCCGCUACACCAUGCAGACGAUCCGCUCGGUGGGAUACUACAGGAACCUGUACCACCCCCCAGAGAGCAACGCCUCAGUGGCUGUGGACUACAGCGAAGACGGCCUCCUGAUGAGAGUAGCCCACCUCGGCACGGGACGCAGGGUCCUGUACCGGUAUCGCAGGCAGAACAAACUGUCAGAGAUCCUGUACGACAGCACCAGGGUCAGCUUCACCUACGACGAAAUGGCGGGCGUGCUGAAGACCGUCAAUUUGCAAAAUGAAGGCUUCAUCUGCUCCAUUCGUUAUCGGCAAGUCGGCCCCCUGGUGGACAGGCAGAUUUUCCGCUUCAGUGAGGACGGUAUGGUCAACGCGCGCUUCGACUACACGUACGACAGCAGCCUGCGUGUCACCAGCGUGCAGGGCGUCAUCAACGAAACGCCCCUGCCCAUCGAUCUAUACCAGUUCGACGACAUCUCGGGGAAGAUUGAGCAGUUUGGGAAGUUCGGGGUCAUCUACUAUGACAUAAAUCAGAUCAUCUCCACGGCGGUCAUGACCUACACCAAACACUUCGAUGCACACGGACGCAUCAAGGAGAUCCAGUACGAGAUCUUUCGCUCACUCAUGUACUGGAUCACCUUCCAGUAUGACGACGUCGGCCGAGUCACCAAGCGGGAGAUCAAGAUUGGUCCCUUUGCAAACACCACCAAGUACAGCUACGAGUACGACGUGGACGGACAGCUCCAGACUGUGUACCUGAACGACAAGGUCAUGUGGCGCUACACCUACGACCUUAACGGAAACCUGCACCUGUUGAAUGCAGGAAGCAGUGCCAGACUUCUGCCUCUGCGCUACGACCUGAGGGACCGCAUCACCCGUCUCGGAGAUAUUCAGUACAGAAUGGAUGAAGACGGUUUCCUCCGUCAGAGAGGAGCAGAAAUAUUUGAGUACAACUCCAAAGGACUCCUGGUGCGGGUUUAUAGCAAGAGCGCCGGCUGGACGAUUCAGUAUCGCUACGACGGACUCAGCCGCAGAGUUUCCACCAAAACCAGCUUGGGCCAACACCUGCAGUACUUCUACGCAGACCUGAGCUACCCGGCCAGGAUUACACACGUAUACAACCACUCCAGCUCAGAGAUCACCUCGCUCUAUUACGACCUCCAAGGCCACCUGUUCGCGAUGGAGAUCAGCAGCGGGGAGGAGUUCUACAUUGCCUGUGAUAACACCGGCACACCUCUGGCUGUCUUCACCAGCAACGGACUCCUGGUCAAACAGCUGCAGUACACGGCGUACGGCGAGGUCUACUUCGACUCCAACCCCGACUUCCAGCUUGUUCUCGGGUUUCACGGAGGACUGUACGACCCCCUGACCAAGCUGCUGCACUUUGGGGAGCAGGACUACGAUAUAAUGUCGGGAAGGUGGACGCUUCCAGAUAUAUCUACUUGGAAGAGAGUUAGCAAAGAUCCUGCUCCUUUUAAUUUAUACAUGUUCAGAAAUAACAACCCCAUCAGCAAGGUCCAUGAAGUGCGAGAGUAUGUGGCAGAUGUGAACAGCUGGCUGGUAACCUUUGGCUUUCAUCUUCACAACACCAUUCCUGGGUUUCCAGUCCCGAAAUUUGAUUUAAGCAUGCCAUCCUACGAGCUGAAGAAGAGUCAGCUGUGGGAUGAUCUGCCGUCUAUCUCUGGGGUCCAGCAGGAAGUAACCAGACAAGCACACUCCCUCUUGUCAUUCGAGCGGCUGCCGGAGGUCCAUCUCAGCCGAGGUCGCAGGGGUGAAAAGUCUUGGCUGUGGUUCUCUGCGGCGAUGUCUCCCAUCGGAAGAGCAGUCAUGUUCGCCAUUUACAAGGGCAGCAUCCACACCCACACACUCAACGUGGCGAGUGAGGACUGCAUCAAGGUUGCGACGAUCCUGAACAACGCGUUCUAUCUGGAAGACCUCCACUUCACCAUAGAGGGACGGGACACGCACUACUUUGUCAAGCCGGGCCUUCCGGACGCCGACCUCGCCGCGAUGCACCUCACUAGUGGGCACAAGACUCUGGAGAACGGCGUCAACGUAACCGUCUCCCAGUCCACCACGGUCAUGGAUAGUCGGACUCGCCGUUUUGCAGAUGUGGAGAUUCGCGCUGGGGCUCUAGCUCUCCACAUCCGAUAUGGAUCCACGGUGGACGAGGAGAAAGCGCGGGUGGUUGAGCUCGCUCGUCAGCGCGCCUUUGCGGGAGCAUGGGCGAGGGAGCAGCAGCGAGUGCGGGAGGGUGAGGAAGGGGUGCGCCCCUGGACAGAGGGAGAGAAGAGGCAGCUUCUGAGCAGUGGGAAAGUGCUGGGGUAUGAUGGGUACUAUGUGCUCUCCAUCGAGCAGUACCCAGAGUUAGCAGACAGCGCUAAUAACAUUCACUUUCUUCGGCAAAGUGAAAUUGGGAAAAGGUAACACUACACCGUUCAAUUUCUGCCAAAGAGACAAAGUCUUGGUAGAGACAUGCCAGCGGACGAAAUGAAGAGCAGCUGUAAUCAAAGGUUUGCCGAUAUGUAUCCCGAGUGUCCAUGUGUUUUUUUCUAUAAAACAAAAAUACAAAGAAAAAAAAAAAUACAGACGGUCAAAAGCAAUGCUGUGCAUUGUGAUCUAGGGACUACAGAGUAAAUGUAUAACUACACCAAGCCUUAAUAUGGCUUUUACAGGUCAGUUUCUCUGUAGCACAAGCCUUCUGGACUCUCAAUCAGAGACAUAGUUGUGUGUUUGGGAAACCGUGAGCUAGUUUUAGGUGUCUUCUGUUGUUGUUUUUUUGUUUUUAAUCAAGAAAAAGUCUGUCUCAACAGAGUAUUCUAAGAGCAAAGGAAAUGUUUACAUUAUGCAUAUCUGCACUUCUCUGGAAGUACAGGGCUCAUGAGUUCACACGCCCCGAGCGAGCAGUGUCCUUGAGCGAAUGUUUUUUUUUUUUGUUUUUUUUUUUCAAAUCAGAGACUUCUGACAUUAGAGAUAUCCUCACCAAACAGCCACUAUGUAUACCAGAUUUAGCACUGUAAACAUUGACAUGUCUUAUUCUCUUGAGAUGCUUUUAAACUGAAAAAAAUGAAACGUUUCUUUGUUUAAAUACCCAAUAUUCAUCGUGGAAGAAAAAGGACAGCAAAGGUAUGACGGACUCUCUCUGGGGAGGAGAAGGCACAGCUGUGUCCUGGACAGCACAGGGACACCAUGUUUUGUAAAUUAUGCAAGAGUUUUAUGCUGUUUUUUUAAGAAACUGAAUAAAUGUCUGUACUAGUCAUAUUAACAGUAAUUUAUGUUGUGUUUAUACAUAUAAAAAAAAAAAAGCUCCAUCAGAUUUAGAUGUUUUUUUUUUUUAUUUUAUUUAUUUUCCAGACAUGCUUUUCGUUUUCUUUUCAGUUACAUUCCUUCCAAUGUGGCUGUGGGGCUUCUUCACAAUGCUCUGUUUAAGUAAUUAACAGAAACCUGUGCAUGUGGUGACAAGUAUUUUUACAAGUGGUGAUGUAUCUGUAACAUGCAGUCAACUAUUAUUUCCACUAAAUUUAAUGUUUGUUGGGCAUAAUGCCUUUUGACCUGGCUUCCUGUCCAAUGAAUAUUUCAUCAACACAAAUAUUUCAUGAAACCAUUGCGCGCAUAAGCAAGGUCACAGCAGAUCCAAAUAUAGAUCACGUCGAUAUUCUCGGUAGGUAUGGUUUUUUUUUUUUUACGUUUGAAUGUUACAUGCACUCAUGGAUUAAAAUGAUAUUGGGGUUUCUUUUUCGGUGUGUCGUUUUUGUGAACAACUUCUUUUUGUUUUGUUCUCA